GGAGAAUACUCCACAGCGCCAUGUCGUCAGGUCUUUCCAGGGCUCUCCAGUCUUGCUUGCUUGCCAUUUUUGCACACACCCCAAGUUUCCACCAUUCGGCCGGGCCAAGCUUUACAGCAGCGCUGGCCAAGCUGGAAAACUCGGAUGCUGGCUUGUCUGGUCAAUCAGACAGGCCCUACCUGUGAGAGGAGCAUCCAUAUUUUCAUUUUUCGUCUACUGUCUUAGUUGAUUUAUUAAUUUUUUUCUUCUUUUUCCUUCUUCAAUCUAAUUAUUACUGGGAAGAGCGAAACUUCGACAGGUGAUGGAUCUACCACGGAUACCAUUCAUUCCACAUAUUAUGUCGUAAUUGCGAUUCACGCCUCCAACCUCGCCCGUAGCUCUCGCACCGGCACGCACACCCAUGCUGUCCCGCCAUUGACCACCAGCAGGUUUACGCAGGACCUCACUUGCUGCCAAUACACGCAUGCUCAACCUAUCUAACUUCUGGAGACCUGCAUACCAAGACCACCCAGGCGGACACCCGAGAUCCGAACUGUCUCUCACACCGUCCCCCCACCUCGACCAACCCUCCCUACUGGCGCUUCAGCAAAGACAAUAUUGCUGGUCCUGUGCCUCUAUUUGGCCAGAGGCCUGUCUGCCUACACAACUACGCCCGUUGGCACCCAAUUUCUUCAACGAGAUACGCCGCACUUGGUGCUCUUCCAUCGGCUGCGACUGGGGCUGACCCUUACGACAUCGACUCCCAUCAGAAGUGCACCUCAUAUCCUGCACACACUAAAGCACGACGCUUCGACCAACAAAAAGAACGUGCGUGACGCGACGUACUGACGACCCCUGGCUCGACGCAACAACACAAGCUCCCGCUCCCCAAGACCCUUAAUCACUUCGGCCAACCCUUUUGAACAAUCUUUGCGCCUCGUGCGCGACAGCGCAUGCGCCAGCCACGCGUGGUAGCCUGUUGUUUUUGCGCGCUUCAACAUCGUUUCCAGGGCUUUACUGUCACCAGCUGCGUCCGGCAGCUUUCUCGCAAGAAUUAGGAGGGAGCUUUUCGUCCAGUCUACAGUUCCUCGACGUGCGCCAUCUGGACUGACAGCGCAUGGUCGAGGCAGCUUGAUGCUGUGAAGAGAGGGAAGAUUUUCAAAUUCUAUACGACACUGGCCUGUGCUCUUUGGCUCGAGCCGGUUCUCGGUAUACGUUUCUGGGAUUCCUCAUCUUCAACUAUUUGGGUCUAGUCAAGGCCGCAGCAGCUUUGUUCAUCCCGUUUUCAACGCCCAAUUUCUAAGGACCGACCAGUACAUCAUUGUGGCAAAACCUUCAGCCUGUGCAUCGACCGCCAAUUCUAUUGAAAGUACACUACAGCAGACUUAAACUUGGACCAUCAUGCCGCCCGCACAAGAAAGCGACCUGGGGUCGCAGGGAGGGAACAACAACUCCAGUGAUUUUGUUCGAAAACUAUAUCGUAUGUUGGAAGAUCCAUCAGAAUCAGAUAUUGUUUGUUGGAGUGACGACGGGACCAGCUUUAUAGUGAAGGAUAACGAUCGCUUCACCAAAGAGAUAUUGCCGCAACACUUCAAGCAUAGCAAUUUCGCCAGCUUUGUGAGGCAACUUAACAAGUACGACUUCCACAAAGUACGGAACACGGAUGACAACGCCCAAUAUGGCCCGAAUGCGUGGGAAUUCCGGCAUACCGAGUUUGCAAGGGGUCAGAGUCACAAUUUUGACAUUAUCAAAAGAAAAGCUCCGACGACCAGGAAACCAGCUCCUGCUGAGGCUGCCUUUGAUACCAAUCAGCAUGUCGGCUUAAUGAACGAGUCUCUCCAUGCAGUUAUCCAACAGAUGCACGAGCUUCAAACUGCGAAUCACAACCUGGCGAUGGCCAACAGGAUUUUGACAGAUGAAGUUUCCGGUCAUCAGAAGUCGCUAAAACUAUUUACCCAGUACUUUCAUGAGAUUAUGAACCACUUGGACAACCAGGACGAGCGGAGACGGAAAACCACGCAAGCAAAUGGUGCUUCGGGAUCUGCCCAGGGAUUCACCGCCGGCGGUAUGAGCUUGCUUCCUGGAAGCGAUGAUGAGCCUGCUCCAGAGCUACGGCGUGCUCGAGAAGUGCUUGAGAGCAUAACCUCGAACAUCGAUGCAUCCCGCAAUUCGAAUGCUCUUGAAAGGCUGGCACAGCAGCAGCACAACAACGUCGCCUCGCCACCAGACUCGACGACAUCAUCUGCGGCCCUGCUCUCCCAACAACAGGCCUUCAACAUGACUUUCAGUGGGGUUGAUAUAUUCGCGGACCAGAAACCAAUGGUGUACCCCGUGGGCCAGACCACGGGUAUCGACCCCUUCCACGCCGACCAUAUCAACAAUAUUCCUUAUUCUCAGCCUCCGGCUCUGGGAGCCAUCGAUGCUCCAGCCCAGGCAACACCACCGCCAGCGGCAGGGGUGGCAGCUGCCGUAUGGGAGACUAAACCGUGCAUAUUGCUGGUCGAGGACGAUAAGGUCUGCCAGCGCAUCGGAUCAAAGUUCCUUACACAUUUUGGCUGCGAUGUUGAGACUGCCAUGAAUGGAUUUGAUGCCGUCUCCAAAUUCUCAAGUAACCCCAACAGGUAUUCUCUCAUAUUCAUGGAUAUUAUCAUGCCUGAAAUGGACGGUGUGUCAGCCACGAGCUCGAUCCGUCAACGUGGUGCCGUCAUCCCGAUCAUAGCCAUGACCUCCAACAUCCGCCAAGAGGAUAUAACGACCUAUUUCGAAUUCGGUAUGAACGAUGUUCUGGCGAAACCAUUCACCAAGGAGGGCAUGGUCAGGAUCGUCAAGAAACACUUGAGCCACAUGCUCAAGUUUCCGGCACAUUCGCACGAAGAGGACUCUGCUUUCGCUGGCGAGAUGGCCGGACAGGCCCCAAGCGCGGUAUCUUCAGCGCCGUUCACUCCGGCAGGCCCUCAAAUGAUGAUGCCUCAGUCCGUGCAAAUGCCACCGCAAAUGGCGACUCCUCCAGCACAUGGCAUGCAACAACACAUGGCAGCCCAACAGCAAUCCCAUCAUCAGAUUAAGUUCGAAGGUACGAGCGGGGGUGCGAUACCGGCGACGCCAAUAAAGUUUGAGAGUACACACUCCCCUGCGUCUGUAGGAACUGUCGGUUGGGGAUCGCCAAUGAUGAGCCACAGUGGUGCAGCUAUGGACGGCAGCACUGGUUUCUUGGGGGCAGGAAAUGGCGGCGGGACCAUGAACCUCGGGACCAGCGGCACACAACAAAGGUCGCCAGCGCCAUUCAACGGCAUGAUGACGAUGCCUGGGCAAGCAGGCAUGCAAGGAGGAGCGGCGAUGGCGGUGCCAGGGGGCAGCCACGCAGCGCUAGGUCCCAAUUCCAUGCAUCGCCUUCCAGAGCACAUGGCACCAAACAACAUGCAGAUGCGGCGCAUGAUGGAUCACCAGGAUGACCAAGCCAACAAACGUCAACGCGUACAUGCCGGAGCCUCGACUGGCUAUCACUAGAUCCAGUUGCUGGCAAUUUGUUGAGUCGAUUUUCAAACGCCACCCAUUAUUCUACCUCGAUCAUCAGUAGGUCUUGUUGCCUGCCGCCUCUCGAAACGAGGUGAUAGUCAGGAAUAUACGGUGUUGGAUUUGAGCGCGCUUGUUCUCGACGGGGGUUCGUUGUUUCCAACCUUAUAUAUGUUGUGGCUACCUAUAAGAUACCAUUGUGCAGCGCCUUUUUUUUUCUGCGAGCGUGUCAAAGAUUGGGGUUAUACCGUUAUCUUAACUGUUUGUUUAUUUUUUUCCCCUCUUGUUUGGGUUUCCACCGCCCUUCUUUUGGGCUCGGCAUGGCGUGAACGCUUUUUGUGGCAAAAAGUCGCGGGAGUUCGGGGGCGUUUGGGUCGUCAUCCAUUAUAACCUGACUGGAGUUGGUUCUUCUUGAAUACCAGGGCUGAUGGAAUUCCAUGCCAUGAAUGGGCUGGCAUAGGGGUAUUGUUUGCUAUACGGGCUGGUUUGGGUUCCUGGGUGUCUUCAGAUCAUCUAGCCAUGAUGGCAAGACUCGGUAGUCGUGAUCUAUAAAGGCCGGUUCCAUUAUUCAUGACAAAAAAAAAAGGUUGCCACGCCCCGUUGUGACUGCGUCAUAUCGUGGCGAGAAAACAUCGAGGAAGCCAGCAUCGUGGACUGUCGUUUGGCUCUAGAGUAAGUGUUUGGACUUUAAGUGAGCAUUCGGUGCAUUAUGGCGUGAAAGGUAGAAGUGAAACCAAGAAAGAGAGAAGGAAGAAAAAAGACCGCAUCUGCUAUAGGUACGACGUAGUACCCAACAGCAUUAACAAGGCUGAGAAUGCUAGGUUGCUAAGUACCGGUAGAUGAGAAGAGAACGAUACAUAGGGCAGGUAUAUAAGCAAACAAAUGGAACUUCCGGGGCAGGCGGCAGGUUAGGUCAUAAAGAGCAGAAAAACAUUGGACGAGCUAGGGAAGGGUCCCAGAGUCUAGAACCACGGCUGUAACCGGAGGUAGCGCGGAGUCGCAUAACGUGGACGGGUCCAGGCCCUUUUUUAUUUCUGUCUUGUACACUUUUUUCGGAGUUACCCCGUUUUUUUUUUCUUGUGGGGAGUACCUAGGCACCUCACCCGUUUAUAUAUAGUAUCUAUGUAUAGUUCGCCAAUAGAGUAAUCCGAGAGACCGAAACCAGCCAAAACAAGUAUAAAUCGG